GCAACACAGCCAAACGAUGGCCACGAAGCAGGACAAGCAGUCCACGGAGCAGAAGCGGGCGCUCGGGCUCCGCGUCGUCGCGCUGCGCCAGGACAUCAUCCGGCUCAAUGCGAAGAAGGACCUCCUCGUGCGCAUGGCCAAGCCGCGGGCGCUCGACAUGCGGAGCCACGCGCUCAAGACCGUCCACGACUACAUUCGGCUCUUCGCCAAGGGCAUCAACCUCAGCGUGCCGUUUGACCAUAACAAGCAAAUCGAUUUCCUGCAUACGUGCAUGGACCCGGACGUGCACACGAUCUUUUACGACGAGUCCAUCGGGCUCCACGGGCUCAUCCAAAAGCUACGCCACGACACCAAGCUCUUUCCAGCCCACACGUUCAAAGCCACUUCGUACCAAGUGGUUGGAGACGGCGCCGCCGACUGCUGCAUCGCCAAGGUCACCGGCGUCUUGGAGUACGUGCUCACGGACGCGGUCGUCGGCAACCUCUUUCAGCACGUCCCCGACGUGGAGCGACUCUUCCUCAUUGGACAAGCCAUGCAGCUCACGGUCUAUUACACAUUCUACUUUGGCGAGCAUGGCAAGGUCACGCGCCUCGAGCGGUACGAAGACGUCAUCAUGGGCUACCGCCGCGUCGCGCCGAGCCUCUCCGACACAAGCCGCCUCUUGUAUGAGGAUUUAUCCGCGCCUCGGCCACCCGUGAUAGAACCGACAACCACCGCACAACGUCACGACACCGUCUAA